GAAAAUUAACACCCUUGAUUUGGAGCUUGGCAUAAGAUAGGGGGAUUCACCGGAACAAGUUUUGCAGUUGCAGCCACCAUUACCAAGUCAUGUCUCUAAUGACGACGGCCGCCAUCUCCACUUCCAUGGCGUCUACAGCCGUCACCUUACCUCGUCUACCCGCUCUCCGUUGUACCGCCGUACCUAAUCUCCCUUGUCGUCCCUUUCCGACUUCCAUAAAACUCGUUUCAGAGUCGCGGAGGUCAUCUCUGUUCCGUAUUAAGGCCUCAGAAGAUGCAUCAUCUCCCCCUGAUGCUAACGAGUUAUUCGCCGACUUAAAGGAAAAGUGGGAUGCAGUUGAAAACAAGCCAACAGUUAUAAUCUAUGGAGGAGGAGGAGUUGUUGCAAUUUGGCUAUCUUCAGUUAUUAUUGGUGCCAUCAACAAAGUCCCAUUAGUACCCAAUAUCAUGGAGUUGGUUGGAGUUGGAUAUACUGGAUGGUUUGUCUAUAGAUAUCUUCUAUUUAAGUCAAGCAGGAAAGAGUUGGCCACAACCAUAGAGUCAAUCAAGAAGGAGAUCACAGAGCCAUAGACAAGACAGAGUAGAUUCAAAUGGAUUUUUCUUUUUCUUUUUUUGGCUUGUAAUUUGAUAUAAGAGGCAUGUAUAUAGGUCUUAUAUGGACUAUAUAUAUAAAUAUGUAUCCAACACAAAAUAAUAUGGAAACCUAAGAGUAAAUAAACUUAAUUUCUACACUUCAUUUAU